UAUUUCAUUCGCGGUAAAAAAACCGAACGACGAUGGUCGAGCACAAGAUGGUGAAAACGUUCGCGAUUGCCGUUCUUAUCGCGAGUUUCGCACCGGGCUUCCGAGCUACGAGGGAAGACAUUUUGAGAAACAUCGAAAGGGAAGGAAAAGAUUCGAAAUUUCGAGCAACGGUGAGCCCGCCGUUCUCCGACGUUCGUAAAAUAGUUCCAGUUAAUCGUAGAUACGCGUAAUUCUUGCAGGCAGAUGUUGCGCGGCGGUGCAUCAUUCAAAAGGAUGUCAAACCGUUGAUCGUGACCCCGAGAUCGCCCGACAUCUUGUUGAGAUAUCUUCACCGUCUGGAGAAAACGAGCAUCACGUCGAUAGCAGCAUCGAAAUUAGCUGCCGACGAUUCGUACGCCAAAGCUAUGCAGACCAGUAUGGCAACCUACCUAGACGAGCGUCGCUUUCGAUUCUCCUGGAAAUCUCAAGGUGCGUUACUGGUCGCCGUAGCGGUGACGCAUCUGGAAGACCAGCUGAACAGGCUGAAGAAUACUCGUUGGUGGAACUCGAAGUCGCGAUUUUUAUUGAUCAAUCAGUACUCCGCUCCCGGCGAGGACUGCACCAACGCCUAUGAUUUUUUGUCACUCGCCUGGAAGCACGGUUUACUGUCGACGAUAUUCAUGUGCAAGGAACAGGAUAACACCCCAGCGGUAUACUCUUACAAUCCUUUCGGUAGCACCGCUCCUCAGCCUUGGGUCAUGGUUCGCGAAGUAAAAGGACUGCAAGGACACCCGUGGAAUUUGUUCAAAAUAGAAAAAUUCGACGGUCGCCGUAUCGCGUGCAGAAAAGUAUACUUUGAUAAAACCAAAUCUCUCGGCGGUUACCCAAUUUUUGUGAGCGGCAACGAGAUUCCGCCUUUGCUGUCAAUCAGAACCGACGAAACAAAUAUGGCCGCUAGGUAUUCCGGUGAGGAUGGAUGGCUCAUGAUAACGAUUUGGAGUUUCCUGAACGCCUCGAUGGUCGAUGUUGGUACAGGAAACAAUGGUGAUAAUACUAUCGCGGGCUGGAUCGGCCAAAACGGGACUUUUUACGGAAACAUGAUAGACAUCGCUUCGGGAAAGCUUGACAUUGCGUUGAACAGUAUGAUUCUCGGGCCGAUAUGGAAAGUGACAACGACGUACCCGCACACGUCGCUGAACGUUUGCUUCGUAACCAAAGAUCGCGGAUACGUUCCAUGGCUGAUCGCGCUAUCGAUGGUCUUCGAUGUGUGGACCUUGGCGUGCGGUGUGUUUGUCAUUUUCAUGGGAGUGAUAAUAUUCGGUUACUUCGACAGGCGUCGUUAUUCGCUCGCGUUGUUGAACAUGCUGCGAGUAAGUUACAAUUCGGCGUACCUCAGACCUCCUCCGAGGAUUCCAUUGAGGAUAAUUUUGUUCUUCGUAUUAUUGGUACCCCUGAUAUUCAACUCGACUAUACAAGGGAAAAUACUCUCUCUCAUCAAGAAUCCGUUGCGUAGCCAGAAUAUCGAGGAUAUCAGGGACUUGCCCGCAGAGUACGUCGUACAAGGUCCGGUCAUUUUCAAAGAAUACUCCGGCACGGUGAUCGGCGACGGAGAUCGCUUCGUUACGUCUACUCUGGAGGAAUGCUUGGGAGACAUAUACCGGGACAAACAUACCGCUUGUACCCACUAUUGUCAAACUCUCGUGGUGAGAGCUUUACACAUGAAAAGGCUCCAUCUCGCUUCGGUGAGGAGUCCGGAUUUCAUCAGCAGAUUUGUCGCAAAGCCGGACUGGUCGUUGAUCGAAAGAUUCGACACCCUUCUGCUGAGAUUGGUGGAAUCCGGCUGCGUACUCUUCUACGGCGAGAAGAGCCUGUACGACAACGUCAAAUCUGUCCUGCCCAUGAUACGAAGCGAAUCCAACGAUGCGUUUACUGUGACGGACAUCGAUCUCGACGAUAUUCACUACGUUUUCUGGCUGAUUGGAAUCGGUUGGAUCCUCGCAAUCCUCGCAUUCGUAAUAGAAUUACUCGUCCACCGUAAAAAAGUCGUACGAGUGUCAAACCCACGGAUAAUUCCCGCCGCUAAAAAUUCACGUACGUCGAAUUUAAUAAAUCCCGCGAACUUCACCAGAUGAAAAGGAAUUCGACUGUACAGGAUUACGGUCUACGUGGGCCACUUCACGUGUUAUGGUAUAUCGCAUGGCUUAAUGUGCGAUUGAAUUCGCAGUCCUCGGACUACAUUAUAUUGUACGUUUUCGCACCUUCGUAGGUAUGUACGCAAAGAGAGUAUAAAUAUAUAAGCACCCGUGUAGUC